AUGUCGCGCAACAAGGCCUUGACACUUCUCCAAAAAACAUACGAUGACAGCUACCUGAGUUGUUCCACGGCUGUUUAUCAUGAAAGCCAGGGAAACGAGUUAGAGGCGAUGCGGCAUUGGCAAGACGCCCUCGAUCAGAUCUACGACCACAAUGCAAAUAAAGUUCUGCCUAUGUAUACCCCCCGCUCCGACACGGAAAAGGCCUUGAUCGAUGCGCUGAAGCAGCUCGAGCUUCAAUGCAAGGAGCGGAUAGACCUGCUCCAAGCACUCAAGGCAUCGAUGGAAGACAGUUCAAGCGUAAAGGCCAGUGGGAAACUUUCCAAGACUACUAAUCCCUACAAAUCCAAUUUGAGCAGCCAUCCGAGAGGUUCCAUUGGCCAGGGGACCAUUCCUGCUGUUUCCUACUCGGACCUUUCUCGCCCGUCACUUCCUCAUCGCCCAGCUCUUCCUCCUCGCCCAGCUGCUGAACCAGCUACUCCUUCCAGCAGUUACAACAGCAGUCACCACUCCAAAUCGAAAACUCAGGCUUCUCCAUUGCAAACCUCGAAACACCCCUCACUGGCACGACCGUCUGACGAGAACAGUCCUUCGCGCACGCAGAGCCCCGAAAGAUAUACGAUGCGAACCACUUUGCGGUCCGGGACUUCAGGGGACAAGCACAAGAACAGUCGCAAAUCCCCCAAGCCAGUUUCUGAAGGUCCGAGCAAAGCCGCCACGCUUGCAUGGUCUACGUUGAACUCUCGUGAGAAAGGAAGGAAGAGUACUGUCGCCUCUCCUGAUUAUGCCGCCUCCCAGGCUGCUGCUCAACGAAGCUCUUUAGAGUCUCCACGGAGGUUUUCCUCUCAACUUCUCUGGGACAGCCAUUCUCGGAGACUUGUUUCGCCUCACAAUGUUGAGGCUGGAAACAGCGGAGAUGUCCCUACCAUAUCGAGAUACUCUGACGAGCACAUACGCCCGUCUAACCUGUCGGUGAGUGCGGCUUCUAGCGCGCUUACAUCAUCUCACGACCCCUUUCCUUCGACACCUCAUACACCAAGUGGCCCGGAUCGCAAUUCUGGCUCUCGAUCAGUACCAGCCACCGUACCAGCCAGCAAGCUUCCCAGAAGCUGUCCUCAAAUCGACGGCGAUAGUUCCUACGAGCCCCUGCAUAGGCCAGAGAGGAGACUUGUCUCUGAAAGGCUUCUGAAAACCAAAGACCUUCCCCGACCCCCAAUUCAGAGCCCGAGAUCUCCUUCAAAAAAGGUACCAGAGACGGCGAACCGGUCCCGCCGCCGUGAACCCAGGACCCCGAUUCAGGAAGCAGACAUCUCUGAUGAUGACGGGUUCCCGUCGCCUCGACGAUCGUCCCAAAGGGAAAGGUCAGCAAAUGUCACUGGUAACAGCAUGAGUGAUGAGACGUCAGACGAGUCUCAAGCAGAGGAAAUUCCCAGCGAGGAGUCAGCCUGGAAGAAGCGAAAGGAUUCUAUUAUCAAAAGUCUCCCCCCUGGUGUCGACGAGGCGGCUGCAAAACAGAUUCUGAAUGAUGUUGUUGUUCAGGGCGACGAAGUUCAUUGGGACGAUGUUGCUGGUUUGGAUGUCGCCAAGGCUGCACUUCGAGAGGCGGUUGUGUACCCCUUCCUCCGCCCCGAUUUAUUCAUGGGUUUGCGCGAACCAGCUCGUGGUAUGCUGCUGUUUGGGCCUCCUGGGACAGGAAAGACAAUGCUUGCCCGGGCAGUGGCCACUGAGUCGAGAUCUACCUUCUUUUCCAUUUCAGCUAGCAGCCUGACAAGCAAGUUUCUAGGCGAGUCAGAGAAGCUUGUGCGAGCUCUCUUUGGGCUGGCCAAAAUCCUCGCACCCAGUAUCAUUUUUGUGGAUGAGAUUGACUCUCUGCUCUCUCAGCGUUCAGGUUCGGGUGAGCAUGAAGCAACACGGAGAAUCAAGACAGAGUUCCUUAUCCAAUGGAGCGACUUGCAGAGGGCGGCAGCUGGGAGGGAGACUACCGAAAAGGACAGAGAGAGAGGCGACGCCAAUCGAGUAUUGGUUCUAGCGGCGACGAACCUACCUUGGGCUAUCGACGAAGCGGCGCGCAGACGUUUUGUACGGCGACAGUACAUCCCACUCCCAGAGCCGUCUACACGUGAGACCCAACUACGAACCCUGCUAGGACAGCAAAAGCACAGCCUGUCGAACAAGGAUAUAGCGAAGCUCGUUGAUCUGACAGACGGUUCUGACGUCACGGCACUGGCAAAGGAUGCGGCAAUGGGCCCGCUCAGAUCGUUGGGGGACGCAUUAUUACAUAUGACCAUGGACGACAUUAGGCCUAUUUCUCUGUUAGACUUUGAGAGGAGCCUCAAGUCCAUUCGUCCCAGCGUAAGUAAGUCUGGCUUGAAGGAGUAUGAGGAUUGGGCUAGAGACUUUGGCGAAAGGGGAGGCUAG